UUCUUGCAUAAACUCUCCCAAAAGCAGAGAAAGACCUCCUGAGUGGGUGGCUUGAGACUUGUCGCGGAGACUUGGCUUGAGACGCUUUUGGUCUAUGACGUGCGAAUUGGGCAGCACAGGGUUUAUCAUUUUUGGCGCGAAUUUGCAAAUCGUAGAGAUAUUUCUUUGGUUGCGGGGAGAAAUGCUGCUGAGACACCCAACAAACAACGAGGUGGAAAUCACAUAAUAUCCACCUGUGGAUGCCAUCAUCGAGACACAGAAACUUUCAUUUUCACUCUGGGAUCCAACGAUCCUCCAGCACAAUUGCAGUUAGUCAAUCGAAUCGAUCACACGUGGAACAUUUAGUGCAAAGGGAAAUAACAAAAAAGAAAGAAGUAAAUAGGUUGCCAGAAUCCCGCAGUGUCAGGCCCAAUUUUUGCAGUUCCCCACAAGAGUGGCUUUUUGGGGCCCCCACAGUAACCGUGUGUCGUGGUGAAUGAGAAGAAAUUGCAGUGAUUGAAAAGCCGUUAAAAUAAUGAAACAGUUACAGAUCUGGGUCAUUGUGUUGCUUCAUGCAGUCACAGUGUCAUCCAUUCAGUUCCCAGACGACAGCAGACACAGGCAGCAGCCGCACCAGGCACAGCAGAGAUCUCUGAGUCCGGCUGAAGAGUAUCGCGUCCACAGUUAUCACAAUGUUAACAAUUUGCUGGGGCUGGGCGGUACGAGAUAUCCCAAGAGACGCAGGAAGCCCUACAAGAAGCAUCCAUGCCUCCCUAUGGCCUACAGUCGCCAGACAGGAGGCUAUCAGGAUGAUGAACCCGAUGAGAAUGUCAACUCAAAAUUUCUGGGCUUCAAUCUCUUCCUCACGGAUUUCAAUUUCGACGGAUCCCCACUCUAUAAUCCCUUUGGGGGCUAUCCAUGCAGUCCGGGAUUAUUCGGGGAUAAUUCUGGACACAAGCCCCAGAAACCCCAUCGACCUCAGAAGCCUCUAAAACCAAUAAAGCCGGAAAAGCCAGUCAUUGAAGAUUACGAUGAUGUGAUAGUUGAUGAUGUUGUGACUCCGUCGAGUCCUGAGAGACCAACGCGACCAGGAGGAGGACCACUGGGAUUCUUUGGAGAAGGAGGACUCUUUGAUUUAUCAAAUUUUGGCGGACUGAAUCGCCCUGGAAGUCUUUUCAACACCAUCAGCAAUCUCGGUUCCCGACCAGCUCUGACCGGAGGGAAUGUCCUGGGAGACUCUGUGGACAGUCUUCAGAAGCCCAUCAUUGAGAUUAAUGUCCCAGAUACCAUCAACAGCCUGAGAAACGGUGACUUUAGCGCCAGGAAAUUCUUCGAAGGUGUUCUGGAUUCUUUCUCAUCCCUCACGUCACUUGUUUUUGGUGGAUCAGAAUGAUACUAGGAUCAGAAGAAGGAUUUUUGUGCCAUAAAAGAAAUAAAUACACUUGAGAUUUUCUAUCAAAAAAAAAA